AUGAGAGCCGUUGGCGACUAUGAGGACGAUUGGAACGACUGGCCUCAGGCGUGCUGGAUACAUCCCACUUUUAACACCGUCCACUUCAACCUGAACCUGGACGAAGAUGAAAUUGACUGUUCGUCCGAAAGACAUUGCAGAGGGGCCAGCACCAUCUGCAAGCGCACGCAACCGUCACCCCCUCCAUUAAGCCCAUUGCCCCCGGACGCCCCUCCCUUCCCCCCGGCCGCACCUCCCCCCAGCUGGCCGCCCACCAGCCCGCCGCCCGCCAGCCCGCCGCCGGCAUCGCCUCUCGGCGGCGACGAUUACAAGGCGGUCAUCGUGAUCGAAGCCUUCGGCGGCCUCGACACGUUCAACAUGCUCAUGCCGCACUCUCUCUGCGACGCGGCCGCCGGAGGUUACGACGAGUACCUCCAGGCGCGCGGGGGGCUGUUCACCACCGGAGCGGAAGACAGCGGCGUCGGGCUCAGGCAGGACGCCCUCCAACAGAUCGCUGCAAACGCGAGCGCGAAGCGGCAGCCGUGCGACGUAAUGGGACUGCACCCAAAGCUGGUGAAGACAAAGGCGAUGUACGAGAGCGGAGACGCCGCGGCAUACGCCAACAUCGGCGCGCUUGUCGAGCACCUUACGCCCGACGAGUUCUUCGGCCUCAUAAAAGCGAAAAGGGACGUUCCCAAUGCGCUCUUCUCGCACAACAAACAGCAGGACUUCAGUCAGACGCUCUCAAACAACCAGUUUGAGCCGGGCAUACUCGGGAAGGUGAUGAGCGCGCUCGACACCCCGGCGUGCGACGCGCAGGGCAACGCGAGCGCCGGCAGCGGCCGCACGUCGUACAAGACCGGGCUGUACGCCAUGUCUGGUGCCGCGCCGCGAGCAUUGACAGGAGGGCCCAGCCUCGCGCUCGCCAUCGACUCGAGGCGAGGCGACAUCCGCCGGCUUUCGGAGUACGAGCGGCUCUGGCGCCACAUCGAGAACCUGACGGCCGCGCCCUCGCGCUCGAUCUUCGCCGAGACGCACUCGCGCGUGCUGGGGCGGGCGAUCCAGGACGCGGAGACACUCGGCGAUGCGAUUGACGCGGCAACAACGACGACGACCUUCAACGACUGCUGCGAUGUUGGCGGGGGCUGCGGCUGUACAUUUGCAAUGGCGCUGCGCACCGUCGCGCGCGUCAUCAAGGCGCGCAGCGCGACGGGCGUGCAGCGCGCGGCCUUCUGGAUGGGGACGAGGGGUGUCGACGCGCACGCGUCGAUGGACUCUCCGGGCGACGGCAUAAUGUCGAUGAUCGACAACUCGGUCGACGACUUCCGGAAGGAGAUGGUGGCGCAGGGGCUGUGGGACAAGGUGACCGUCAUCACCCUCUCCGAGUUCGGAAGGACGAUCAUCGCGCCCGCCGGCAUGCCACCGCCUCCAAAGCCAGGCAUGCCGCCUCCAAAGCCGGGCAUGCCACCACCACCGCCGCCGCCACCGCCGUCGGCCGACCCGUCCGCGGUGAGAUUGCUCGGCCUCAGCGCCAUGGUCGGACCCGCAUCGAGCCGGACUGUGUAG